UUUCCCGUAAGGCACAUACAGUGUGAAUAUGGUAUUAAAUUAAUUAUGCCCAGUAGAACCGACUGGAGGCAAACGGAGCCGAAUGAGAAAUUUAAUUGCCCUUCAGAGAUUAAACUGGCUGAGAUUUUCAACUGCCUACCCUACCUAGCCCUACUCAACAAGGAUUUUAUACGGGGAGGAUCCGCCCCGAGGUCCAAACCCUUACCCUUUUUUGUACCAUUUUAGACAGAAUGGUUACUUUUGAAUACAUAUUAAAUUCUGCAAACAGAAUACUACAAUGCUGAUCGUACUACGUAAAAAUAUUUUCAUAUAGUAUGAUCAGCAUUGCAGUAUUCUGCUUGUAGAAUCUAAUCUCUACUUUUCAUUUUUGCUGAUCAGGUCUUUAUAGAUCCUUCGUUCUCCGGCGUAUUCGUUUGCGGUCCUUUGCAGUCCUUUGUGGUUAAUGUUUGUACUUUUGUAUGCCUUCCAUUUAAAACAUAGAGCCUCUUUCACAUACGUACUAACAGUAAGUCUUCUUUGGCAUACCUAAAUGACAAGUUACCAAUCAUAAUCGAUAACGUGCAGAUUUAAUCUGAACUUUACGAUCGUGUUUUUUGUUUUAUGGGAAAGAUUUCAAUCAAAACCGUAUCACCUUUUUAGUUACCAGAUCAUGCUCGCCUGCUGGGCAAGUGACUGCGAGGAUCGUCCCUCGUUCCAGACCCUGAGCGAGCAGUUAUUCGAUAUGCAGAAGGAGGAACAUCCUUAUGUUAACGUGGAUCCCUCUCAAGACUUUAUUCUUCCACCGACUGCUGGUCAAGGUGAGAUAAAUAAGAGAAAAAACCCUUUGUGUUGGAGGAGAACGAUUGUAAAAUUCAAAUGUUACAAUCUUGCAUUUAAUUCAAAUACUACAAUCUUACAUUCAUAAGCAGUGUAAUCAUAAGGAAUGUAACAUUAGGUCAAUAACAGCUUCUAGCUUCAAUUUUUUCUCUGAUAACUCUUAAAAAAAGCUUGGUGUACUUUAUUUUCUAUCCCCGGCCUUUUAGUGGCUUAGUAUUUAGUAACCGAAUUUUUAUUUCAGAUACUGUUGGAAAUUUAAUCGCUUUCAGUGACGGAACGUUUAGUGGAGAAACUGCUGAUCAAGAGUUAGCUAAACCGGAGGCGCUUCCCAGCCAAAUGGUAGGUAAUUUUGUUAUCCAAUGCAAUCUCGUCCCACGUAAGGAUUCUGGAAUUCCGGAAUCCGUGAAAUUUUUGCUUGUGGAAUGCAGAGACCCGGAAAUUUUUCUUGUAGAAUCAGGAAUCCUGGGCUUUGGAAUCCGGAAUACCUUUCAAGGAAACCGGAAUCCAAGUUCUACUGACGAGGAAUCCGGAAUCCAGUACCUAGAUUGCAGAAUCCAACACCUGACUUCCGGAAUCCACAGCGUGGAUUCCAGAAUCCAAGACUGUCUUGGAUUCCCUUACAUGAGGCGAAGAAUAGAAUGA